UUUUUGGAAGUGAAAAGCAUAAAGCGGCACUUGAAGAAAUUAAAAGAUUAAAGCAGGAGUUAGAAAAUAUUUUAGAAAGUGCUAACUUAGCUGAGAUAAUCGAGUCCUGUCAAAGAAGAAUUGUAUAUGUCGAUAAUCCUUCAAUAGAAAUUGUAAAUGCUGAAGAGCAAGAGAUAAAUAGAUACAAAAGAAAAAGAAUAAGAUCUAGAGAAAAACUGCUAACCCAUUUAGAAAAAAUUUGCCAAAAUGAUUCUUAUGUUCCUCCCAAAUUAAAAGAGUUAAGUGCUGAAAUUGCUACUUACAUGGAGAGUAAAAUAAAGUUGGAGCAGGAGUUAAGAAAGUUAAAAGAAGAAGUGAAAGAAAUCAAGUUUACAAAGGACAAAAGUAGUAAAAAUGAACUCAAAAGAGUUUCAGUCACUAAUGUAGGAGGGAAUAUUGUCGAAAGACCAAAAAGUGGGAAUUAUGAUUUAGCAAAGAGUCAGCCAGGAAUGUUUGAAAUACACAGUUGGCAGUCAGACCAAGAAAAGUUUACUAAAAUUGAAGAGGAAGCGAAACGACUGGAAAGCAAGAAAUCAGAAUUAGAAGAAAAAAAGAAAAAAUUAAAAAAAGAAAUUGCCAAAAAAGAAAAAAUUAUUCGUCAAAGAGUAUUAAAACACAUUUUUAAUAACUAUGAUGACAUUGCCAAUGAA